UAUAUACAAAUGUGUCACAAGCCAGAUCCAAAACCAGUCCACCUCAAAAUAGGGAUGUGGUCUGGGCCACUUAGGAAGUGAGUUAGAUUGGGAUCUGGCCUGUGACGUGUCAAUAUAUAUAUAGUGAAAACAGUUGAAAUAGCACAUAUAGAACGCUAGCUGGCUGGCAGGCAGGCGGCAAACAUCGGAGAGGACAAGACAAACGUAAGUACCAUUCUAUACAGAAAAGCAUGGCACGUGUGGAAGACCCGCCGUCGCAUUCGUAUUUCAACGCAGAAGUCUUAACAAAAAGAGAAAAUCCAGAAGAGCCACCCCUAACAGGGUUAACCGGUUCAGAUUCGAGUAGAGAAACAGUCGAAAACUACACAAAUACGGCCUAUUAUUUAGAUACAGAGCCUUUCUACACGCCAUUGGAUCUCGAAACAACUCCGAAUCAUCCUACGUACGACUAUGUGGACCCAAGUGGAUCAAACCAUAUUCCAACAGAGAACGAGCGGUUUCCGUCCACAAAACACAAACCGGAUACUGUAGUGCGGUCGUUGAUACGGGAGAGAUGUCUUCUGCGGGCUGUGGUUGUCGUCUGCUGCCUAAUGAUAGUAACUCUCGCUGUCGGAUUCAUACCUGCAUCAAGUAAAACAUGCACAUAUACAACUCCAAAUACCGAGUCUUUCUCUGUUCAAGGGAAUCGAUCGUAUCCUAAAUUUUUACCAGAAUGUCCCCCCAACUUCAUCAGUGCCAACAAUUCCUGCUACUUUGUAAAUUCGGUAAUUAACCAAAAUUGGACAGAAUCUCAAGCAUUUUGUCAGAGGCUGGGCGCUAACUUGGUGGCCAUAGAGUCCCGAACAGAGAACGAAUUCAUCAUUAAUAUCUUAAGACUAAACAACUUCGCCGCCAUCGCAUCUCCCCCUGCCUGGUGGAUCGGCGCCACUGACACCCAGACAGAAGGACACUUCGUAUGGGCUGUGCUGAACACCACAGUGGACACGUGGUUUGGCCGGAAGCCAGACAACGCCAACAGAGGGCAGGACUGUGCUACAAUACGAUUCUACCGGAAAGUAACCUGGAAUGACAAGGCUUGUCGCUACCGACGGGGGUGUAUUUGUGAACUGCAAAUUAGAGCGGAUUCAGAGAGGCGUCCUAAGAGAUCCGCGGAUCAAAUAUGGUGAUAAAUUUAAAAAGCUUGCCGUUUAAUUCCCAAUUAGACAACUAUUAGGCAACAAGCAUUCAAUUGGGUCAGCCAUAUUUGAUCCGCGGAUCUGUUAGUCUGCUGUUCGACUAAGAUCGAUUAACGAGCGUUAUUGUGGACAUUGGGGUUAUGAGUGCAAUUUUUGUCUUUCUGCGUCAUUGUUUUGUUCCUUGCUCACGUCCCUGGUAUGCCGUUCUUGUUCAUCUUAUUACUCAGUACAGUACCACAUUAAUACUUGUAUGAUAAGGUUUAAAAGGGAUGUAGUGAUUUACUGUGCUAAGUUCAGAUUUAGUUGGGUUACCAAAUUUAUGGUGCCCCCAAAUUAGUAGUUUUUCUUGCUUAACAUUUUAUAAACGCUGGAUUGAUCCUUAUGGAAUAAAGAACAUUCUUCAUUCUGUUUUAACGCACAUAUAAUACAUGUAUGUGUACGCACGUGCCUAAGCAAUACUUACAGAGUCAAAUUCAUGUAUUAAGUCAACUAUUUUUUUUCUUUUCGUCUUUCGCAUUAAUUAGCUUUUGUUCCAAUUUCACAUUGGUGUUAUGCAAUACAAUACAUUCCGCAUAUCUCCUACAUACCUGUAGUGUCAGAAUCAUUUAUUUAAAUAAGGAAACCAAAUGAAAAACUAAGUAUAUAGGUUGAUUGAUAAUUUGUCAGUUAAGGCAAUUUUUAUGAAUGCCAAGCUCAGAUGAGACAAAGAGUAUAUAGAA